AUGAUGCUAGUUGUGACGGGAGAUGAUUUUGGCUACUGCCCCAGGAGGAACCAGGGUAUUGUGGACUGCUUUCAGGCUGGAGGCAUUUCCAAUGUGUCACUGCUGGUUAAUGCCUGUGCUACUAAAGAGGCAGCGCAUCUGGCCAAAAGAGAUUGUCAGCGGGGUAGCAGAAAUGACUACGUGUACGACCACCUUGCUGCCCCACCACCUGCCCCCAGAUAUCCUGCUUGGGAAAGCAAACAAAAAAAUAGCUGACCUCAAAGAAGAUAUCCGCCGACUCUCCAGGACACAGUGCAGUGGGAUCCUACUACUGGCCCCCACAACGCCUGUCCGCAAGGAGUCCUGGACCGAGGUGGUAGUACGUGGACGCAGGAAGACCAUGGGCAAUGAUCCCCCUCCUCGGCUUCUGGACACCUCCAACUGCUUUGAGGCACAGGUGUCGGCUAACCCCCGAGCCUAUUUGACAGACGAUCCCGUGUCAGGACACACUGCUAGCCGGUAUCAGAACACAGCACCCAUGAACCCUGCAAAUUUUCCGCCUCUGGUCCCUGACAGCGCCGGGAUGGUCGCCUCCACUGCACCAUCUCGUCCUCCUGAUCGUCCAUCCACCCAGUCGUCAACCUCAAAGAAGCCGUCCUCCUACAUGCCCCAGGCCACACUUGCCAGAAUCCGACGGAGGAUUGCUGUAGUUCUGCAAACCCACCACCUCCGAGUGCGCCUGUUCCACCGUGCCCGAGGACCACGGUGGGUUCCGGCAGCCAGGAUCCGGGGGCCCUCAGUGCGGCUGGGGCUGCUUCCGUUUCUGGGAAUGGGUAUCUCUCGAGUCAUGUGGGAUCCCGCUCUCCUAAUGCCUUUGAAACCCGGGACUCAUCCUCAUCUCCCACAGCAGUGCACCGACCGUCCGGCUCAGUCCCGUGCCCCACGCACCUCCAGGGAGCCAGAGGCCCGCACUCAGGAGCAGCCGUGCUGGUGGUCAGGACCUCCAUGGUCCGCCACGUGGCAGUACAUCACGGCCAGACCGUCUGCCAUCCUGGCGCCUGCGUUAAGGACGUAGCAUCGUCCGCUCUACAACAGACCACAUGAAACAGCUCGGCCUCCACGGUGGUCAUUGAGGCUGGCGUUAAUGACCUCAAGAGCCAGCAAUCAGAGGUCCUCAAGCAAGAUUUUAUUGAACUUAUUGACCAUCUGCUGGAUACGGGGAAGCGGCUGAUUAUCUCCGGUCCGCUUCCCCCACCUCGUUACGGUGACAUCACCACCAGCCGGGUACGUGAACUCCACACCUGGCUGAAGGCCUAUGGUCUGAUUAAACGUAUACCCUUUGUGGACAAUUUUACUGUGUUUUUAAACAGGCCUAGCCUUUUUAAACGGGAUGGCCUCCACCCAAACCAGGAGGAUUUAAGGCUAUUAUCUAUUAACAUAGACCUGACCAUCCACACCACCUCCUGACUCACCUACACUGACACGCCUUCCCCCAUUGCACUAUACACAACCCCUCCUCACUGCCCUUAGAAGCACCGGACAAUAUUCACACAAUCCCAACAAUUAUUACACACAGACGAACUAGACCCAGGACUGUUUUUAGACCAUAUAGUGUUUUUAAUAUUCCGCUAAAACGACAUGAGGAGCGCACGUUCAGCACAGACGUUAAAAUGACUGUGCUGAACGUGCACUCUCUAGGAAACAAAUCUUUCAUCAUUAAUGAUGUAAUUUUAGAUAAUAACCUGGACUGCAUUCUUCUUACAGAGACAUGGCUUGGCACUGAUGCACCUGCUGUUCUCACUGAGGCUUCCCCACCAAAUUUUAACUUUUUAUUUUCCACCAGGGGGGACAAAAGAGGAGGAGGGACUGCAUCAAUUAUAAAAAACAACAUGUACUCAAAUGCAACUCUUUUUAACAGUCACACAUCAUUUGAGUAUCAUGCCUUUGUUUUUAGCAGCCCACCUAUCCUCUGUCUCACAAUAUACAGACCACCCGGCUAUUCCUCCUCUUUUAUCAGAGACUUCUCUGAUCUGUUAUCAAUUAUCCACACAUCAUAUAACAGAAUUGUAAAACUGGUGAUUUUAAUAUACACGUGGAUGUCUUCUCGGACUCUAUGUCCAGAGAACUUUUAAACAUUUUACAAUGCUUUGAUUUUUAUCAACAUGUCACGCAGCCGACCCACGGCAGGGGGCACACCCUGGACCUGGUCAUAUCUUAUGGCCGUGGUUGUGUCCUCUGUCGUGAAUCUGGCUGUGUCUGACCAUUUCUGUGUGUUUUUUUAACAUAACCAGUUUUAAUCACCGGGAGGCCCCUGUGAGAAGCUUACAGUUCAUUAUGAAAUAUUACAGGAACUCCUCAAAACUUACAAUAACUCAGUCAAACAGGCCAGAAUUUUCCACCUCCACAAACUAAUCACAGAACACAAAAACGACCCUAAGUUCCUUUUCCCCACAACAGAUCUUAUAACCAACAUAAAUCCCGCCUCCAUAUCAAAAAUAUUACAAAGAUAAGUUUUUACCAUCUCAAGAAUAUAGCCAGAGUCCGCCUGUUUCUCUCUCAGGAUAGCACUUCCUAAAAAGAACACUUACAAUUUACAGCUUUUACAAAAUUCAGCUGCUCGUGUGCUGACGAGGACUAGAGCCCCCCACACUACUGUCCUAAAUCAUUUUGCAGUGGUGAGCCACAGAAACUUUACUCGUUGUGCUGUUACUAACCACCCAAACACCUGCUUAAUGAGCUACAGGUUAGUAUGCAUGCCUGGCCUCACUGUAACAUAGAAAGUGAGUAGCGGCAGUAACCGGUACGUUUGGCUUGACGUUUUGGCUGAGUGAGACAAGUCAUGCACUUUGUAGCCAUGGAUAUAAAACGUGAUAAGAUGAUGCUAAUGGUUCGGAGAUGCUAGCUAGCAUGCUAAAGUGGUGCUAACACUACAUACAUACAUUGUG